AUGACGUGUUCAAGUUGCUCGAUGGUGAUGCACAAAGUGGAUGGUUGUAACGAGACCCUUGAAGAUGGCGUUCUUCGAAUAGCCGGAAGCUCGGUGCGAUGUUGUAGUCAUAGUGAUAGUGAGCGACUUUUGCAAGAGUACAAUCUUGGAGAUGAUACAGUUCGAGGUGAUGGCCCUAUAGUAGUCGUCGUGGAGACAAUAGCGCGCUUUCUCAAGGCGAGACCCGUCUUCGUUAACGAUGUUGAAGACAGCUUCGGUGUGCUGGAAAAGGACGGGUUAUUUAACGGCGCUCUUGGUUAUAUAGAACGAAAGGAAGCGGAUAUAUUCGGAGCUCCAGCUGGUAUAAGCAGUGAUCGUAAUGAUCGCUUCGACGUCCACGGACCGCUCUCAAGUGACAAAAUCCACUUUUUUACAAUAAAGCCCGACCUGUUGUUCGAUCCGUGGGGUUUCAUACGUACCUUUGAGCCUACUAUUUGGUUAUUACUAUUGGGCACGUUGUUAGUAUUGCCUAUUUGUACAGCGUUUCUGCAUACGUUCGACGGAAAGCUCCCAGGCUGCAACCCGAACAAAGUGACUCGCGGCAUUUUAGGGUACAUCUGGUUUUGGUUUGCCAUCAUCUUUCCACAACCGGACUUUACGCCACGUAGCGUCUGGCUGCGGGCGUGCGCAGCGAUGUUUAUGUUGUCCAUCAGCUUAAUGCUGAUGACCUUAUUCGAAGCCGACCUAAAGGGCAGUCUCGUGUUCAAGAAAGAAGCAGACAACGUAAACUACUUCUCAGACGUGUUGCGGACCCGCGAUAUGCGCAUCAUUACUGAGAGAAAUUCAAUGGCCUCAAGCAUAUUUACAGCUAGUCAAAAUUUAUUUUUGAAAGCAUUGAGACAACGACUCGAUAAACGCGAAGGGAUCCUUGCUGGUUAUAAUUUUGAUUUACUUUUAAAGGAAAUUCUAGAUCGCAAGGCUGUGGUCAUUACUACUGGUACGCCGGGGAAAGUGAGGCUCAGCAGGCUUGCCCAGCAAACUGGACGUUGUCCUAGCAUCAAAGUUAGCGAUGGCCACAUAAGGAACCUCAUUCUUUCAAUACUGAUGGGCCGUCAUAUACAAAAGCAUGUUCGAGAACGCAUCCAAAGCGCAGUUAUCCGGGUAGCUGAGUCAGCUGUCUUUGAGCAGAAACUCCAAUCUCAAUGGUACCUUGCGGAUCGAUGUAAAUCACGACCUCGGGAGUCGCUAGAAGCUCUGCACGUAUUCGAUUUUGAAGGUGUUUUCUACCUACUUUUCAUUGGAGUCGCGGCUUCUACUCUCGGCCUUGUCUCCGAACUUCUCCUCGCUCGUACCCAACGAGAUCCCAAUAGGCAUAACCAAUAG